AUGGAGAGAAUACAUGUAACUGUAAGAGCGAGACCACUCUUGCUGGAGGAUGCCAAGACCAGCCCUUGGAGAAUCUCUGGCAACUCCAUUUCCAUCACCAAUCACUCCUCCAAGUUUGAAUUUGGUACUUCUAUCACUCUCUCUACUGCACUCGCUUGCUUGGGCUCACCGAUGCUCUUUGUAAUUUUUCAUUUUCUGAUUUCUGCAGAUCAAAUCUUCAGAGAAGAUUGUAAGACCAUUGAGGUCUAUCAAGCGCGGACUAAAGACAUAGUUGCCGCUGCAGUUCGUGGAUUCAAUGGCACUGUUUUUGCUUACGGACAAACUAAUAGUGGAAAAACAUAUACGAUGCGGGGAUCGGCUAUUGAACCAGGAGUCAUUCCUCUUGCCGUCCAUGAUUUAUUUGACACUAUACAUGAGGAUGCGGACCGAGAGUUUCUUUUGCGUAUGUCCUACAUGGAGAUUUAUAAUGAGGAAAUAAAUGAUUUGUUGGCUCCUGAGCACAGGAAACUGCAGAUCCAUGAAAGCAUUGAGCGGGGAAUAUAUGUUGCUGGUUUGCGAGAAGAAAUCGUUGCCUCUCCUGAGCAUGUCCUUCACCUUAUGGAGUUUGGAGAAUCCCAUCGGCGUAUUGGAGAGACAAAUAUGAACAUACACAGCAGCAGAUCUCACACUAUUUUCCGCAUGAUAAUUGAGAGUCGGGAUAAGACUGAAGAUGAAGAUAUUGACAAUUCUUGUGAUGCUGUUCGUGUAUCUGUACUGAACUUAGUUGACCUUGCUGGUUCAGAGCGUGCUGCAAAGACUGGUGCAGAAGGUGUUCGCCUGAAGGAGGGUUCCCACAUUAAUAAAAGCUUGAUGACCCUUGGAACUGUAAUUAAGAAAUUGAGUGAAGGAGCUGAGAGCCAAGGGGGCCAUGUUCCCUAUCGCGACAGCAAACUCACCCGCAUUUUGCAACCUGCACUGGGUGGAAAUGCAAAUACUGCCAUUAUAUGCAAUAUUACGCUUGCACAGAUUCAUGCAGAUGAAACUAAAAGUAGUCUCCAAUUUGCAAGCCGAGCAUUACGUGUCACAAAUUGUGCUCGUGUGAAUGAGAUUUUGACAGAUGCUGCUUUGUUAAAACGUCAAAAGAAAGAAAUCGAGGAGCUUCGAGCAAAAUUACAGGGCUCUAAUUCAGAGCAUUUUGAGGAGGAGAUUCUUAAUCUACGAAAUACAUUAUUACAGACUGAGUUGGAAAGGGAGAGGAUAGCUUUGGAAUUGGAGGAGGAAAAGAAAGCUCAAGCUGAACGAGAAAGGAGGCUACAAGAGCAGGCCAAGAAAAUUGAGAACUUGAGCUCAAUGGUCUUGUAUUCAAAUAGGGAUGAGAAUCGAGAUCAUUACAAAAAGGACAAGAGGCGGGACACAUGGUGCCCGGGAAAACUUUUGCGGGAGACUCUGAGAGAGGAAGAUCAUACAGCACUUCCAAAAGCUUCUGUUCAAGUGAAACAUAAGCGUGAUAUGGGGCCACUUCUUAAUUUUGAUGAGCUAUUGAAUGAAAAGGAGGUUGAUGUGGAUAACUCAUUCAAGCAAGAGCAAGAAUGUAGCAGUAACACUACAGUGGACAUCUGUAAUCUUCCUGAUCCACGUGCUUUAUUGCAUGUAACUAGCAGGAGAAAGGUUCCAAUAAGGAAGAAGAGCCUUGUGGAGAAUGAUGAAUUAGUCAAGAUGCAAGAGGAAUAUGAGGAUUUGCUUUUAACAUUUGAAAAUCAGAGAAUUAUCAGUGAGAUACAAAUUGAUUGUUUAUCAAGAAAAUUGGCACAGGUUAAUUUAUUUUUUGAAGAAAAAAAUAAUGACUGUGCCACACAUCAACUUGAUAAGCUCACAAUUCAUGGAGACAAAAGUACAAGUUCAAGGGACCCUGAAGCUAUCUUCAUAAUCAAGCAACUUCAAGAACAGAUCAAGAUGUUAGAAAUGGAGAAAGUUUCAAGCGAGACAAAUCGUGAUGAUAUUGUUGACUUAGCACAACAGCAGAAUAUAUGUGCCAGGGACAAAUAUGAAGAGCUUUAUGAAGAUUUUCUAAAAGCAAAGGAGGAAGCUAGGGUGGCUCAUGAACAUCUUCAUGCCAGAGAAUCUGUUGGGGCAAUUGAUGAGGCGAAUUUUGACUCUGUAAUCAAGCUGUUAAUGGAAGUUGAGGAAAUAAUGUUGGAAGUUCAAAACUCCAGAAAUUUUGUUGACAGCCUCUCUUCAGUUGUAGAUGAGAUUUUUGAGAGUUUUUCUGCUACGUUGAGCUUGUUUCUGGACCUUAAGUCUUUGAUGUCUCAGAAUUCUCUGCAAUUAAAAUCUAUUUUUAGUGACCAUGAUAAGUUACACUUGUGCAUGCAAGACAAAGUUGCUCAACUUGAGAAUGAAAAGCUUCUUUUGCACAUUCAAUCUGUUGAUCUCUCUAAGCAAAUAGAAGAGCUAAGAGUGGAUGCCCAAAAUUUUGAACAGGCUAUGGCAGAACUUUCUCAACAGCAUGAUCUGGAAAAAUCUGAACUCUUUUCUCAUAUUCAAAUGCUUGAAAAGGAAAUAUCAUGCCUAUCAUCUUCUUCCCUAGCUAAAGAGAAGGAAAAUUUAAGAAAAGAUCUUGAGAAGACAAAAGUGAAGUUGAAAGAGACUGAAUCUAAGCUCAAGAAUGCUAUUCAGGAGAAAACCAAACUUGAGGGUGAGAAAGCAUAUGCUGAACGAGAGGUAAAACAAUUGCAAAGUCAGAAGACUCUUCUUGAACGUGAUAUCAGCAAACGUGAUUCACUUGCUGGUAGAAGGCGGGAUUCAUUCAUUGAUAGGAGCUCAAGAGGUUUUGAGCCAAAAAGGGCAAAGGGUCAGAGCAUUCCCUUUGAACAGACAGUUCAGGGAGAGAAUAAAAAGCUGGAAGUUCUUACAUUUGAGAUGGAGGCAACCAUAGCUUCUCUGGAAGAGGAAUUAGCAGUUGCACAAGAGGAAAAGGAAGAAGCUAGGUCCAGAAAUGCAAUUUUAGCUUCUGAAUUGGAUGCCCUCUCUGACAAACUAAACAUGUCAAGUUCUGAACUGAAUUCUUUACAGGAAGAGGUUUCAGGCCUUAGACUUAGCUUGGAAGAUUCUGAAUCCAAACAUCAAGAAAUGGUCAGCUCUAUCAAUUUGUUGGUAGAAGAAAAGGAAGAGCUAGCAAUGCAACUUACGGAUGCCCUUCUGCAAAUGGAGGAGGAAAAGACAAUAUGGUCUGCUAAGGAGAAAGCUUCUGUUGAAGCCAUAGCAGAGAAAGCAAAGUCAUUCAACACUGAGAUGAGUUUGUCAAAAGAAUUGUUAGAGCUGAGAGAAGAAUUGGAGUCUUGUAGAGAAGAAUGCAGGGUCCUUGAGGAAAGAUUGGCAUCUUGUGAGGAAAAGGCAGCAUCGGAGAAAAAUUGCAGUAUGGAGAAGUCUUCAGAGAUUGAUGUACUAAAAAAUGAGCUACAAAUAGUUGAUGUUGAGAGCAAAAGAUCUCAAGAAAAUCUUAAAAACCAACUAUUUGCUAUGACGAAAGAAAGGGAUAAAAUGGCAACUCAGAUUGAGGAGCAGCAGAAACAUGUCAUCGAUGUCCAAAUUCUUACGAGAAGUUACAAUGAGCAGUUGUUGAAUGCAAAAGUUCAAUUGGAGGAACUGACAGAGAGGAAUUCUGGCUUGGAAACCAAGAUGCACAAUGUCGAAGGCAGUAACAGUAAAGAGAAGGCGAAGUUGAGGAUGAGGCUCCACUGGACACAAGCAAAGUUAGACACUUUUCGUGGGAGACACAAAGAGGCUACUGAUGAGUUGAAUUUCAUGCACAAGAAAUAUGAGGAGGCUGCAGGGAAGCUGAAGGAUAAAUUGGCUUCAUAUGGCAUUGAGGUCCUCAACCUUAAGAAGCAGCUUGCUGCUGCUAAGGGUCAAUAGGCAACAACCACAGUUCUCUCAUGGACUGCAACGUUUUUUUUAUUUUUAUUUUUAUUUUUUAUUUUUAUACCCUAGGAAUUGUUAUAAACCAAGAAAAUGGAAAGGUUAGAAAGUGCAGCUGUCUGAGAAAAUUUGACACUACCCAGAUUUUGUAUAGAAAUCCAUGCAUACGUAAGUUGUAAGUCCUGUUUUAUAUUUAUAGACUGCCAUUCCAACUUUCAUGCAAAACUGAAUUCAUUUAAUGGUGGCUGAAUGCCUGUCUUUA